AUGUCGGGUCAAUAUCAAGGCUAUACCUCUUACGAGGAGAUCGCGAAUUGCGAGGCACGCAUCAGGGCACUCUCCCGGGAGAAGGAGGGCAGGUUGUCAAGGUACAACGACAGCAUUGCCUGCUACAACCAAGAUAUCAGAGACGGCCGUUCGCAAAAGACGAUUAAGAAAUCUCUUGCGCGGGUGAAGAAAUUCGAAGAGCAGAUCGGAGAUAUCGAAGUGGCCAUGUUUGAUGCUCAGAGGAAACUUGCUGAGCUCAAUCGUCGCCUGCGGCAAGAAAAUGUUGUGACCACUAUCACAGGCGAGAUUGUCCCUGCAGAAAUUCAGGCCAACAUUGCCUAUCAGCUCUACCAACAGCAAAACAAACCAAGGCGCAGAUAG